AUGACAUCUAUGGAAGCAGAAAGCGCCGUAACCAUCCUGUGUACCUCUAAACAAACUCGCUUCAACAUCGGAACUCCUAAUCAUCGCGAACUAGAUAUCGAGGGACUGAAUAUCACGGUUACAUCAGGGGUAAAGACCAACGCCAAAGGCAAGGCCAAGGCGAAGAGCGAAGGAAUCGAGAUUCUUGCCAAUGCCAAGCUGAGGUUGAAAGCUGGCCAGCGGUAUGCUUUGAUAGGGAGAAAUGGCACUGGAAAGUCAACUUUAUUGAAAGCUAUAGCCGAGAAGCUCAUUCCAGGUAUACCAGAAGAGAUGCGCGUAGUCAUCUUACAGCAGACUGACACUGGAGACGCAAAUACGGACGAUGGCCCGGCUUCUACCUCUGAUAAUGGUGAGGGGCCGGUCGUGUUAGAGGAAGUCAUUGAACGAGCUACGGCCAAACAUGCGGUGCAGCGAGAAAUAGGCAUCUUAUCCAAGGGCAUUAACAGUGGAGAUUCUUUCGGCACCUUAAGAGCCUUUCGAAAAAUUCACCAUGAACGUCUCCAGAAAGAGCUAUUCCUGAAGGAUAAAGAUGCUAGGCUUCGUAGUGGCGCUAGGGGUAUGCAGGCUAGAAAAGCUUUGACUGUGAUGGAGAAGAAAGUUGCUCAAUUUCAGUCACAGUAUGAAGAAAACGACGAGGACAUCUCGCCUGAGACGCUAUCCAAAGAGACAACUGAAGCAGCAGAUAUGCUAGCUGACCUCCAACUCCAAGUCGAACCCUCAAAAUUAGCAGACGUCGAAUGCAAGGCGAAGAAGAUACUCACAGGUCUCGGUUUCACCGACUCUCGCAUGGCACAGCCCGUAUCAAGCCUUUCAGGAGGCUGGAAGAUGCGAACAGCCCUAGCAGCCGCACUACUCCAAGAAACCGACAUCCUCAUCCUCGACGAGCCCACCAACUUCCUCGACUUGCUCGGGAUCAUCUGGCUGCAGCGGCACCUCACCUCCCUCGCCUCGUCGCCCGACGCGCCGACCCUAAUCCUCGUAUCCCACGACCGGGACUUCAUCUCGCUAUGCACGGACCUGCUCAUCCUCAAAGACAAAAACAUCGAACCCUUCCACGGCGACCUCCCCGCCUACGAAGCCGCGCGGGCGGAAAAAAGGACGCAUAUGGCUAAAGUGAAGGACGCGCAGGAUAAGCAGAAAGAGCACAUGCAGCAGACGAUCCAGCGCAACUUGCGCGAGGGCAAGGCCAAGGACGACCAGAAUAAGAUCCGCCAGGCUAAGUCGAGGCAGAAGAAGCUGGACGGGAGAUGGGGCCUCGAGACGAGCGCUAAGGGGGGCAGGUUCAAGCUCAAUAGGGAUCUGGUCGGGUACCAUCUUACGAGUCGCGCGGAGGUCGAGGUUCCGACUGACGAGAAGCCGGUUAGUUUUGCGAUUCCGGGGCCGUCUGAGCUGAGGUUUCCCGGGGCGCUGGUUUCGUUGGAGGGGGUGGCAUUUAGGUACCCUGGGGACAAGAGCAAGGCGAAGAUGGUGCUGAGAGAUGUUAGUUUGUCGGUUGGGGUGGGCGAUAGGAUUGGUGUGGUGGGGCUGAACGGGAGUGGCAAGUCGACUUUGGUUAAGCUGCUCGUUGAGGAGACGAGGCCCGUUGCGGGGACGCUGACGAAGCAUCCGCGCCUGAAGUUGGGGUAUUAUGCUCAGCAUGCUGUGGAGGAGUUGCUGAAAUUGGGACGAGGGGAACCGGAGCUGACGGCUCUGGCUCUGCUAACGAGAGAAGUCCACGGCGAGCUGGAUGAGGGAGAGACUCGUGGUCUGUUAGCUCAGCUGGGUCUUCCCGGACGUCUGGCAUCGGAUGUUCCUGUUCGCAGACUGUCCGGUGGGCAACUUGUCAGGCUCGAGAUGGGACGUAUACUCUGGCAGCGACCGCAUUGUCUGGUAUUAGAUGAAGUGACCACGCAUCUUGACUACGAGACCGUGGCUGCGCUUAGAGAGGCGCUGAGGGACUGGGAGGGCGCGGUUGUGGUGAUUAGUCACGACCGAUGGUUUGUGCGUGGAGUGGUGGAGGGCAUUGGGGAUGAGGAGAGUGAAGAUGAGGAUGACAGAGCGGGGACCAAGGCAGCAAGGAGGCGGGUUGUGUAUAGGCUGAAAGCUGGGGAGAUGAAGGUUUUAGAGGGAGGAGUGAGUGAAUUUGAGGAGGGGGUUGAGAGGAGGGUUAGGAGGUUGGAGGGGUAUUAA